AUGAAGAUCCUAUAUAUGCCUCCAGUUUUUGCUUCUCCUCAAGUUGCAGUUAAGGUGAAAGAUUUUAUAGACCAUGAGCAUAGAGAGUGGAAGAUUAGGAAUCAUUGGAAGCCUCCCCCUGUCACAUGGUUGAAAGUUAACUUUGAUGCUUCCUUUAGCCAUUCUACUAAUUUAGCUGGUGUAUCUAUUGUUGUUCAUAAUGAUUCAGGGAAGUUCGUGGCAGCCAUGGCCAGGGUCAGAGGAGCACGAGAUAUAGAUCAGGCGGAAGCGUUAGCUCUUCUUAUGGCAGCUCAAUGGAUUCGAGAAAAGGGCUUAAGCAAGAUUAUUGUGGAAGGUGACGACAAAGGUAUAAUGGAAGCUGUUCAAAAGAAUCAUCUAGAUAAUGUAAGAUGGGAAGAUAAGAACUUACUAGCUGAAUGUGUUUCUUUAUUUCAAAGUAUGUGUGAUAUUGUAGUUCAGUUUGUUCCUAGAAGUUGUAAUCUGGUGGCUGAUGACCUAGCUAAGUAUGCUAGAAGGAAUAUAUGUAAUCAAAAAUGGCACUCUCAUCCUCCUCAUAUCCUUAUUCAGUCUUUAAACAAGGACAUGUAUGAGCUGGUUAGUGGAGAGUAG